AUCAUCACACGGGACGAAUGCUCCAUCGAAUCUGCUCUGUGCAUGCUUCGGUCAGUUGUCUUCGCGAUACUGGCUGAGCCCGACUCAGUUUCACUCGAUUCGUUCAUUCUCGGUUUGUUUGUUGUGGUUUGCUGUUUUACAACACAAUUCGUACUGUGAAGACCAUAACCCGUGAGCGGUGCUUGUUACAAUGAGAUUCCUAGUACUUUUAAGUAUUGUCGUCAAGCUGGUAGUCUCUCAAAUCAGCUACAAGUCAUGCACCUACAACGAAAUUUGUGCGUCCAUCCAAGACUGCCCCACGUACCAAAGUUACAGCAGUCUACCGUUCCGGAAUUGGCCUCAAGACGUCCAGAAGCUGGCAAAAAGUAAUCUGUGCAACAAUGAAAUGAUCAACCGGACUCCGGUGCUCAGCGUCUGUUGUCCUUCGCCGUUGAACUCUCGAAGGUGCGGAAUUCAGGCCGGCGAUCGGAUAGCCAAGGGAACCGUGGCGAAAGUGUUCGAGUUCCCGUGGAUGGUGCUGCUGUACAGCCGGACGGACAGGUUCGUGUGCGGUGGCACGCUGGUCAGUGCCCGAUAUGUCCUGACGGCAGGUCACUGCGUCAACUCGGAGAAAUCCAAAAUUAUCUCCGUAAGGGUAGGGGAAAACGACAUAAACCAGCCGAUUGACUGCAACGUCGUUGACGGUGAGCCGGACUGUGCUCCUGCACCGCAGGACAUCAACGUGGAGCAGAUCAUUCGACAUCCGGGUCACAGCGAUCGCUCAAAGAAGAACGACAUCGCGCUGCUGCGGCUGGAACGUCCCGCAGUUCUUGGAGACAGCGUCAUCCCGAUUUGCCUCCCAAAUGGAUCCCCCGAGCAGCGCAUCGUGGAUCCUUCCUUCCUGGUCGUGUCCGGCUGGGGUCUGACCGAAAAUGGGACGUCCUUCGAUGUGCUCCGCUAUGCGCGGGUCCCCCCGGUAAGCCUCGAAGAUUGUGGCAUUAAGCUGCGAGGUCUGGACGCGACGCUGCGGCUAGAUCAGAGCCAAAUCUGUGCCGGCGGAGUUGACCAGAUUGACAAUUGUGCCGGGGAUUCGGGAGGGCCGCUGCAGAUCAUCUCGAACCAAUCCUCGCGGUAUAUCCAGUACGGGGUGGUUUCGUACGGGCUGAAGAGCUGUGGCGUGCAGGACGAGCCCGGUGUGUACACGAAUGUGAUGUACUACAUGAAGUGGAUCUUCCAGAAUGUUUUGGAAUAAAUGACUGAUUAGUAAGGGAAAUAAUUAAUGUUUUUAUUGC